AUGUACAACAUCUCUCGUAUAACUGUGUUUUUACGUCAUCACCUUCAUCAUCAUCACUUGGACCAGUUGAAAAAAAAAAUAUACAAAAAAGUUCUCUCGGCACAGAAAAAAAGUAAUAAAAAAAAAAAAUCUAACAAUUUUCACCAAUAUCGCCUUCUCCAUAUUUCACUCCUCCUCGAGUUCCUCUUUAAAAUGUUGGAAGCAGAUUUAUAUGAAAUUUUAGAAGUAGAUAGAAAUGCUACUAGUAGUGAAAUUAAAAAAGCAUAUAGGAAGUUAGCAUUGAAAUAUCAUCCAGAUAAGGUGUCUGAAGAAGAAAGGGAAGAAUCAGAAAUUAAAUUUAAAGAAAUUUCUUUUGCUUAUGAAGUAUUGAUAGAUGAAACCAAAAGAGAAGAAUAUGAUAGAUAUGGAUCAACUGAUGGUUUUGGAGGUGGACCUGAUUUCGAAUUUACUGGAAAUCCAUUUGAUCAAUUUUUUGGCGGCAAUGGAUAUGCAGAAUAUGGUGGAGAUGAUUUUUACAAUUUUUUCCACAACAUGAAUGGAGGUGGACAACAUCAUCACCACCAGCAACAACAACAAAGAGCAAAUAGAACUGAAGAUGCACACAUCGAAGUAGAUAUAACAUUAGAAGAGUUGUACAAGGGUAAAGUUAUCAAAACUACAUCUACAAGAAAUAUCAUUUGUACUCAAUGUAAAGGUCUUGGGGUCAAAUCAUCAUCUGUUGUAUCUAAACAAUGUGUUACAUGUCAUGGUGAAGGUUCAGUAAGAAAGAUUAAAAGAGUUGGUCCAGGUUUGGUUGCACAAGAAUAUGCAGAAUGUACAACAUGUCAAGGUACUGGUAAGAUUUACAGAACAAAGGAUAAAUGUAAACUAUGUAAAGGAACCAGAAUCAUUGAAGAAACCAAGAUUUUAGAAUUUGAAAUACCUAAAGGAUCUCCCGAUCAUGGAAUGAUUGCUAAAAAGGGUGAAUCAGAUCAAUAUCCUGGUAAAACAGCCGGGGAUGUCAUUUUAGAAUAUAAAUGCAAACCUCAUGAUGUAUUUGAAAGACAAGGGGAUGAUUUAUAUACAAAAAUUGACAUUCCAUUAGUUGAUGCAUUAUGUGGAUUUUCAAAAUUAGUGGCAGUUCACUUGGAUGGCAGAGGAAUUAAAAUAGAAACACCAACAGGGAAGGUAGUUAGACCAGGUGAUUAUAUUAAACUUGCUGGCGAAGGUAUGCCAAAAUCAGACAAUAAAAAGUCUUGGUUUAGUUCUUCAGGUAAAGGUGAUCUUUAUGUAGAAGUUAACAUAGAGUUCCCAAAAGAUAAUUGGUUUAUGGAAAAAAAUGAUAUCACAAAGAUCAAGAAUAUUUUACCAAGUACAACAAAACAAAACGAACAUUAUGUACCAGAAGCAAGCAUGGAAUUGUUCACCGAUUUUUCAAUUGUCAAAGCUAAUCAAUUACCUAACUACUCAAAUGAAGAGGAAACCCAUCAUGAUGGAUACUACGAAACUGGUCCACAACCAUCUUGUUCUCAACAGUAA